CUUAAACACAGGAAGCGGCCUCAGAGAAGAGUGGGGAUGGAUCUCAAGGUGGGGGCCCGGCCGCCAGUCCCUGCGCGGCGCUCUCCGUCUGCGCAAGAGCAUACUUUUUCUUUCGUGAAUUUCUUUUUAUUUAUCCUGCAUGUAACUCCAAAGCAAGGAUGACGACGGAUUACGAGAAAAUAAAGGCGACGUGUCUCGCCAAGGGUGAGCUGUGGGAGGACCCGGACUUUCCGGCAGUGCAGAGCUCCGUGUUCUACUACCAGCGGCCGCCCUUCCACUUCUACUGGAAGAGACCAAAGGAAAUCUACCCGAAUUCGACGUUCAUGUCGGACAGCGACACUUUCGACGUGGUCACAGGGAAACUGGGAGACAGGUGGCUGGUGUCUUGCCUUGGAGUGCUCUUCCUCAGCAAAGGGCUAUUCCACAAAGUCGUCCCCACCGACCAGCGCAUGGACAAGGAAUACGCGGGGAUAUUCAGAUUCCGCAUAUGGUGGUGUGGCCAGUGGACCGAGGUGCUGGUGGACGACCGGCUACCCACCGUGGACGAGAGGCUGGCCUUCCUGCACUCCUCCCAGACUGCACAGAUGUGGCCUGCGUUGCUCGAGAAGGCUUACGCUAAACUGCACGGCUCUUACGAGGCCCUGAAGUAUGGGAACCUGCUGGACGGGCUCGCAGACCUGACGGGAGGUAUCACAGAGGCGAUAGCGGAGGCGGUGGACGUCGCCACACUGAGCAACCUCCUCAGACACAGCAGCCUAGUCACUGCCUACUACUGCCCCGGCUCUUCUGAAGACGUAAUAGUGGGACUUCAAGCCGAAAUGAAUUACAGAGUUUACAGAAUAGAAAAGGUUCACACGUCAGAUGGCUCCAUGUAUCUGGUGCUUCUGAAAAGGCCCUUGGUACCCGGCGGCCGACAUAUUGGUACUACGAUGGACAACGCCACAUGGAAGUCAAUAUCCCCUUACGAAAGAGAGCGUCUCAUCGCCGACAGCCGAGGGACCUGGAUGCCUUACAUCGAGUUCCAACGCGUGUUCAGCAGACUGGAGGUCGUACACCUGGACCCGGAGACCAGCAAGCUGGAGACAGUCGACAAGGAAUCCUGGCACGUUCGAAUGUACCAGGGCAGCUGGCGGAGGGGCGUCAGCGCGGGGGGGUGCAGAAAUAAUGCUAACUUCUUCCACAUCAACCCGCAAAUCCAGUUGAUCCUGCACGAGCCGGGCUCUGUGCUCGUCUCCCUCAAUCAGCACAGCAUCAUGGAGCCCAAAGUCAUCGGUUUCAGCAUCUACAAGAUGCCAGCCUUCCUCCGAGAGACGGCCACGCAAACCUUCUUCAAAGGCACCAAAAGCACCAUCAAUAGCCAAUAUACGAAUAGUCGACAAGUCAGCCACAGAUGCGAAUUAGAAGCCGGAGCCUACUUGGUUGUCCCUACGACCUUCGAGCCGAGGGAAGAAGCAGACUUUUCUCUGAGAGUUUUCUCAUCGAACUGCAUAAUAGACAUGAUGGUGUUAGAUUGCACGCCCCAGAUUCUGAAGACAGCUUUAAAGAAAGCGCCUCCAGGGCUGGAAGCGACAAGUUUUGCGCAGUAUGAGUCGGUGUUCCUGCAGUUGGCGGAUGAGCACAGAACCAUCAAUGCGUUUGAGCUGCAGGAACUGUUGGACGCAUGCCUGCCCAAUGAUUACAUCAAGAGCUGCGCUUCUUUGGACACUUGCAGACAAAUUGUGCUGUCUUUGGAUCAAACCGGAUCUGGCCGCAUCACUCUCGCCAACUUCAAAGACUUGAUGUGCAGCCUCAAAUAUUGGCAAAUGAUAUUCAAGAAUCACGCCAGGGAGAAGAUGGGCGUGCUUCGAGCGGAGAGGCUGCGGGACGCGCUUCGUGAGGUGGGCUUCGUGGUACCGGAGCAGGUGCUGGCGUUGCUGGUGCUACGCUUCAUGAGGAAAGACGGCAUGCUGCGAUUUGGUGACUUCGUCUCCGCUGUCAUGCAUCUACACCGCGCCUUCAGUAUAUUCUACGCAAAAGAUGGGGCUUACGAUGGCAUCAUAAAUUUAAGUUUCACUGAGUGGCUGAAAUACGCUUUCAUGUGUUAGCGAAACCGCUGAUUGGCUGGACCAUGGAACAGAACAAAUUGUCUGUGAUUAUUCAAAUGGUGCAAUAGGUAUAUGCGUGGGAAAAGAGAUACGGUGACUAGUGACCAGUGUUUCAGUUUUAAGAGUGAACCAACAUUAAGUACAGUCGACAAAUCAACCUAUAACCACUGUAAAUUCGCCGUUAUUACCGUCGCAUAGCGUUCCAUGCGAGAUAAUAUUGCGGUUGCAUAGAUGGGUUUGCCCAUGUUGCCGGUGUUUUCCCAAUUUAUUCCAAAAAGUAAAACCCGGCGCAAACCCAUUUAUAAGUUAACCACGUGUAAUAUGAAUUCAUUCUAGUGAACGUUCUCGCGCGAGUGUCGGGAGUCUAACCGUACAAUCACCAGCACAUCAACAUCACGUUAUGCAAAAUCAUUACAAAUUCGCUCGCCGCUAUUGUAAAUUAGCGAAAUUCGACUGUAGGUAGACUGUUUACAGUCGAUUUUUUAACACCUCCAUGGACUGAUAGGUGCGCGUUUUUGGGGGCGAAAUCAAAGGCUGUUUUGGGUGUUUAGGGCGAAAUCAGACUUUUGGAAAAUACAGAUACAGUAUCACGUUUCAUUUUGUGACAACCUUGUUUGCCAGCAAGAACUACCUAAAUGAAUCUUAUUAAACUGUGCCAGAACGUUCGCUAAAAAGAUCGCUGUUCGAAAUUAUAUGCGAGUACUCGAAGUAUGCUCGAAUCUUUUAGCUGCUUAAGUUUUGACAUAGAGUAAACUGAAAAUGCUCUUGUAUAAGACCGUGUAAUAUAUAAAUACUCAAAGCAUUUCGUUAGUAUAAGCCACGAUCUCAAAUAAUUUCAACAUAGCUUAAGCAUUUGUUUUAAAUUAUAAUCUUUCCACCGAAUUAUCUAAUUGUUUAACAAAAUCACAAUCAAAUUUGUUUGUAAACUCUUGUUUCAUCACAUUUUAUAGUAGUACAUACAAUAAUUUAUAUAUUUACCAUAAUCCGAAGUAUAUAUAGCAUUAAGUUAAUAAUGACAACAUAAUAAAUUUUAAUUAUAUUUUUUAAAUUUUCAUUUAAUGUAGAAUUUGUUCUAAUUAAUACAUCGGAAUUCCAUUAAACUUCUGUAAAUACGCUGUUACAUUAUUUAGAAAUACAUUUAUAUUGUAUAUAGUUAUAUAUCUGUUUUAUCCAUAACAUGAUAAAAAUUAUUAAUGUUCAAAAUUAUAUGUUGAUAUUCCUGUGUGUUUUGUACAUAACUUAAUGUGACAUUGCAUAAUAUUUUAAUGAAACAAUUAUUUUAUAUAUUAAAAGUUUUAUUUCUGUCA